AGAUGUCUCGGUUUUUGAAGAAAAGGCGGCAGAGAUGUUGGAGGCGCGUCCUGGAGUAUAAUCAACUGGCCAGACCGGCUCCGACAGAGCUAGGGGCGAGUGGGGUUCAACGCGUACCUUUCGAUUGUCAGUUGUCAACCAAAGACACACGCGCCAGGCCCGAGUCUCAAGAUCCUUCGGGACAACAUGGGCUCUGUAGUGUGUCUGCAACUCGCCUGGCUGGGAAACGAGACUCACACGCCACCCUUGGUCACCCAAGUUACGUCAAACGGCGUUGGCAGAGCCUCUUGAUAAGCCGAGAAUCGCUUCGUGGUGUAUAAAUAGUAUCAUGCCUUCUUGGUUGACUCCUUCAUCUCAUAUGUAUCGUUCAUUCAACCUCUCGCCGGCUUUAAAGGGACUCGCAAGGCUCGGCGAAGACAUGCGUUUUCUCGCUGCUGGUUGGCUUGUCAAUAGAUGCAUACACCACCGCAUACGGGUACCACACACACAAGAUCUUGGGACGUCAUCGAACGCCUUGCAUGUCGUGGGACGGUAUGUGAGUUGUCAGCGGAGCAAAAAGGGGGGUGGGCAUCAUGGUCCCGAAGUCUCCAGGACAACGAGACUUGGGCGAGACAGGCUGAAGUUGAAGCUAGCCAAAAGCACGAUUGAAGGCGUCGAGAACCGUUUCGACUACAACGGCAGACAGCAGCCCGCUGGCACCCCCAUCUCUCACACCGUCCAUGUGAGGUGUGACAAACGCAUAGGUAUGUCGUGGCCACCCACCGCCAUGCUACACACACCAUAUACAUGGCAGUAAGGCGUCACUCACGUCCAGUUGCUCUCCCUGCAUCCCACUCGGAUUUGCAUAGGUUGAGAGAUCAACCCCCAAGCCCAAAGCCCCCUUCCAAACGCCCGCAUUAAGACUAC